CCAGCAGCCGCGACCAUGGGGAGCAAGGCCCUGCCCGCGCCCGUCCCGCUGCACCCGUCCUUGCAGCUCACCAACUACUCGUUCCUGCAGGCCGUGAACACCUUCCCCGCCGCCGUGGACCACCUGCAGGGCCUGUACGGACUCAGCGCCGUGCAGACCAUGCACAUGAACCACUGGACACUGGGGUACCCCAACAUGCACGAGAUCACCCGCUCCACCAUCACCGAGAUGGCCGCGGCGCAGGGCCUGGUGGACGCGCGCUUCCCCUUCCCGGCCCUGCCCUUCACCACCCACCUCUUGCACCCCAAGCAGGGGGCCAUCGCCCACGUCCUCCCGGCGCUGCACAAGGACCGGCCGCGGUUUGACUUUGCCAACCUGGCCGUGGCCGCCACGCAGGAGGACCCCCCUAAGAUGGGAGACCUGACCAAGCUGAGCCCGGGGCUGGGGGGCCCCAUCUCGGGCCUCAGUAAAUUGACUCCGGACAGAAAGCCCUCGAGGGGGCGGUUGCCCUCCAAAACGAAAAAAGAGUUUAUCUGCAAGUUCUGCGGCAGACACUUUACCAAAUCCUACAACUUGCUCAUCCACGAGAGGACCCACACGGACGAGAGGCCUUACACCUGUGACAUCUGCCACAAGGCCUUCCGGAGGCAGGACCAUCUGCGGGAUCACAGGUAUAUCCAUUCUAAAGAAAAACCCUUCAAAUGUCAGGAGUGUGGGAAAGGAUUUUGUCAGUCUAGAACUCUAGCAGUUCACAAAACUUUACACAUGCAGGAAUCUCCACACAAAUGUCCCACAUGUGGAAGAACCUUUAAUCAGAGAAGUAAUCUGAAAACUCACCUUCUCACCCAUACAGACAUCAAGCCCUACAGCUGUGAGCAGUGCGGCAAAGUGUUCAGGCGAAACUGUGACCUGCGGCGGCACAGCCUGACUCACACCCCACGGCACGACUUCUAG